AGUAAUUUGUGUUUUACGGUUCACGUAGUUAGCUGUGUGUAUACGUGCUGUAGAAGAUACGAUUUGGUGACAAUUUGUGAAAAUACUCGUGUGAACUUUCAUCAUGGACUCGAUUUUGCCACCGCCGCCGCCAUUUUCGUUCGUUAAUAGUUUAGAAAAUGUUACGACGGGAAAUUUAUCAAAAGAGUGGGAAAAAUGGAAGAACGCAUUUCUCAUUUAUUAUGAAGCGUGUGAGCUGUCGAAGAAAGACAAGAAAGUGCAAUUAAGCAUCCUUUUACAUAUCAUCGGCGAGCAGUGCCGAGAAGUGUACGAGCAAUUUGAUAAAUCGUCGAUAACGACAUCAACGGAAUUAUUGGCUAAGUUUGACUCAUUUUUCCUGCCUCAAAAGAAUCUAACUAUUGAACGGCACAGAUUUUUUACUCGCGAUCAAAAGGAAGGCGAGUCUAUCGAACAAUACUCGUUCGAGUUAAAAAAAUUGGCGAGUUCGUGUGAAUUUAAAGACCUAAUGGAGACGUUAAUUCGGGACAGACUUAUUUGUGGAAUAAAGGACCAGGCGAUUCGGGAAAGACUACUACGGGAACCAGAGUUAACUUUGAAAAAAUCAUUAGAUAUUUGUAAUGUUGCGCAAAUUUCGAAGGUACAGGCCGGAGCCAUAAAAAAAGAAUCUGUGGAGCAUCAUGCCUAUGCGGUACAACGAGAUUAUUUUGGGCAUCACGGAGUAGUGCGGGAAACGGUUUGUGAAGACAGUAGUGAUGUAAAUCGCGUAAUGUGGGUAUCUCGGCGAGGAGCGCCCGCGCAUCGAGGAGCAACGCGCGGGUGGCCCCGCGGUCGUAAGCAGCUAUCGCGUCCUCGUGCGUUCCCCGCUCACCCGCCCGCGCCCGCGCCCGCGACGGUCAUUCCACCUGAUCGAUGGGGCUACUAA